AGCAUAACAUAUUUCAAGGUUUUAGACGAGCUCAUCUCUCACCAUCGCUGCCCAGUUGUGGCCUCUGUAUGCGAACAACACGUACGCUCUUGCUGCUCAGUGUCAGACAACAAAGGCGUCCUGAUAGCCCUUGCGAUUGUAUAGUUCCAGAGUGCGUAUCUGCUAAACUGCAAGUUGAACAGACGUUCGUGAGAUUUUUCGGGCGCCAUGGCUCUGAGGUGGGGCAUCGUGGGAGCGGGCAUGGUCAGCGAGGACUUCACCAACGCCCUCAAUUUCCUGCCUUCUUCGUCGCAUGUCGUGGCUGCCGUAGCAUCCAGGAGUCUGACUUCCGCUAAAGACUUCGCCGAUCGAUUUGCGAUUCCCGUUGCUUAUGGCAGUUACCAGGAUCUCGCCCGAGACCCUGAUGUCGAUGUUGUCUACUUAGGCGUCAUCCCACCCCCUCACCUGGAGGUGAUCAGCCUGAUGCUUCGUUCAGGUAAACCCGUUCUCUGCGAAAAACCGCUUUGCGUGAACGCCAAGGAGACCAGGCAGGUGAUCAACUUGGCUCGAGAGAAGGGCGUGUUCCUGAUGGAGGGAAUUCAAGGCAGGAGUGCCCCCGUGUACCAUCAGCUUCGUCAGCGACUUCAAGAAGGCGAAAUCGGCGACGUCCGCCAGGUCAUCGUGAAUCAGGGGUGGCCUGCCCAACACCUCCCGAAGAUCUCAGAGAAGGGCCAAGGAGGAGGAAUCUCCCUGAAAUACGGGACUCUGUCUGUCCAGUUGGUCUCCUUCGUCAUGAAUGGAGAUAAACCAACGACAAUAUCAGCUGCAGGAAUCAUCAAUCAGAAUGGAGUUGACGUAGCGACCGGAGUUACUCUAGUCUACCCGGGAGAAAGAAUGGCGACCAUUUGCAUGUCAGCGACCUGCAAGCUGCCCUGCGAUGCCCUCAUCGUCGGAACAAAGGGAACCAUAAAGGUCAACGCUCCCAUGUGGGCGCCGAAGAGCAUGGACACGCCGUCCGGAAUAUUCGAGGUUCCUUACCCAGACCUCGGGAAGCCCUUGAAUUUCAACGGGACCCAGGGAUUCGUCUACGAGGCAGAGGAAGUUCGCAGAUGUCUAAAGAAUGGGUUACUGGAAAGCCCGAAUGUCCCUUGGCAGGAGAGCAUUACCAUCUCUGAAAUCAUGGAGGAGGUAAGGAUGCAACUGGGGGUGACCUACGACCAAGACUGAGCUCCUUCGUCGGAUCCUGAGAAUGUCCAAGUCUUCUAAAAAGUGUCGACCGCAUUAAAGGCAAUAAUAUGUAAACUACCUCUCAAUCUGAUACUGUAAAAUGUUGGCAGUAUGCGGGAUCAUAAGUUGCAAGGGAUAGGCCAAGUUUCUUUACAUACGAAUCGUAAAAUGAAGGGACUUGAAAUGAUUAACCAUAAAAAUGAUGGCAGUACUUGUUGGAGCAAGCCUCCGCAAAAUGUAGAAUCUGUGAAAAGAGUGCAAAUGGCUGAAAAUUUAUAUUAAUGUGAGGUCACUGCAAAAAAAAAAAAAAAUUCAUCUCUAGAUAUAUAGAUUCAGUUUAGAUGAUAUGGAAUUAAUGUUGUCUUGAACACAUCUCUUUCUUGAAAAGUAGGGCCUUAUAACUUUGUUUAUGCAUUCAUUUAGAUCCUCUGAAUAUUUUCAUGUAUUUGGAGCUGGGAAAUUUGAGUGCUCUGCUCAAGGAAUUUGUGUGAGUAUCUAGUGUAUAUAAGAUAUUUAUUUAUGUGAUAGACACUAAUGAAUCUUCAUGCCUCAUUCCUGUUUUGUAUUUCUGAAUGAUAGGAAUAAUAAAGAAUUUAGAAGCUC